CCCAUGGCUCUGCAGGAGCUGGGCAUCAGCCUGUCCAUGAUCGGCGUGGCUGGGACCAUCCUGAUCUGCGCCCUGCCCAUGUGGAAGGUGACGGCCUUCAUCGGCACUCACCUGGUGGUCAUGCAGGUGUUCUGGGAGGGCCUGUGGAUGACCUGUGUGAGCGAGUACACGGGUCAGCUGCAGUGCAAGCUCUACGACGCCCUGCUGGACCUGGCGCCCGAGCUGCAGGCCGCUCGGGGCCUCAUCUGCAUCAGCCUGGUGCUGGGAUGUUUGGGGUUCCUCGUCUUCCUCCUGGGAGCCCGCUGCACCAACUGCCUGAGCCACCCGGGGAUAAAGGCCCGGGUGGUGCUGGGCUCCGGGGCCAUCUUCUGCCUGUCGUCGCUGACCACCAUAGUGGCCGUUUCCUGGACGGCCAACACCGUCAUCCGGGACUUCCACAACCCGCGGGUCCCCGAGGUGCUGAAGAGAGAGCUCGGAGCCGCCAUAUACAUCGGCUUCGUGACCUCUGGGCUGCUGUUCUGUGGGGGGGCCAUUCUGUGCACGAGCUGCCCGCCUCGGAGGCCCAGGUUCCCCUCCAGCGGGUACACCCGGGCCAGGAGCCCCCCCCAGGGCAGCUAUGCCAUCAAAAACUAUGUCUGA